AUGACAAAUAUUCAUAUAAUACCAGGCGAACUUACUACAACAGGUACUAUUGAACCAGAACUUCAUUAUGGAAGUGGACAAAGUAGUAGUAUCAUGACAAGUUUCUCUGCAGCAAUUACUUCAGUUUAUCAAACUGUUUUUGAUACAAAGACAAAAAUCGCCAAACUUUCAUAUUUAGAUUUAGAACAACCUAAAACAUUUCAAAAAUUACUAAAAGAUGUUACAUUUCAUCUUUUUAUUGUUAAAAUAAAAAAUUUAUCUAUUUUUGUUAGUUCUCUUGGUAAAAUUACAUGUUCAAAUCAUAAUGUAGUUGGUCACAAUUAUACAUCAUCAUUUUUUUAUAAAUACAAAACCAAGCAAUUAGUUUUUUUUCAAAAUGCUAAUAAAGACAAUUCAUAUUCUAUUGUAAUUUAUCAAAGUAGUGAAAUUAUUGCCGAAUAUAAGGAUAGCUCCCCAAAUAAUGUUUAG